CAGUCGUUCUUCUCAAUUUUCUCUGGAGAAAAUGAUGAAAAGGAAGAAAAUGAGGAUAUGACACCUGUCGGGUUUGAUUCAGCAGCAGUUGCAGACACCAGUAAAAAUGAAGGUAUAUUAAACAUUACAAACAAAACAAGAAAGCAAAUAUUUAAGUUUUGAAUUAUUUAAUUUAUAUUGGUCUAUCAACGAGAUUUCAUCGUUGUUACAAACAUUUCCUUAAAUCUUGAAAUAGUUUAAUGAAUAAAUUAAUAGCUGAAACAUUUAAGAAUGAAGAUAUCAAUCAAACAAUUAAAUGGAAGUUGGUUUUGCUCCAUGUCGACCUGUUCAAAACAAUAACUGAUUUAAAAACACAAUGUCGAGUGUCAGUACAUAAUAUUAAGAAAAUUGAAAAUAUAUGUUCUGGAACCAGCUCCCCUUCUAUAUCCGUCAUUGUGAAACCUCGUCGACUUUCAAAAAGUCCCUUAAAACCCAUCUGUUUAGGUCCGCCUAUGACCUGUGAUGCACCCUGCCUCAUUUUUGGUCUCGGGUUGAUCCUGUAGUAUAGGCCAAAACGUGCCAAAGUGUCCUCGUUUUAUAGCCAUUUUAAUUGUUUCUAUAGUAUAGUAGUUACUAUCUAAGUGUCUCAUUUUUAUUUUACUUAGUUUACAUGUUUUUAAUAAUUAUAAAGCGCUUAGAGCUUCAAGGUAAGCGCUAUAUAAAAAUGCCUAAAUAAAUACAUAAAUAAAUAUGUAUAAUUCCAUCAUUUAAAAUCUUUAUUUUCCAAACAAAUUCUUUGCUUGCUUUUUUCAGUAAGCACAAAAAAUUUCCUGGUUGAAUGACAAAACUAAAGUAGGCCUUUUUUUUGUCUACGUAAAUUUCAAAUGGACUACCAGAAUAAACCUUUCUAAAAGUAUUUCAAAUAAUGCAUGAUUUCUAUUGAUUAUUAUCUGUUUUUAAGCAUAAUUUCCCUUUUAAAAUUCCUUAGGUAAUAACAGCAAGAUCACAUAUGGCUGUGUAACCCUGACUGUAAAAUGUGGAGAUAUCACCAAAGAAGCCUGCAAUGCUAUUGUCAAUGGAAUCAAAGCUAGCAUGGACUUAUCUUCCUCAGGUUUGUUAAAACACGUUUUUUUUUUUUUUAUUAUCUUACCUUUUUUUUCUCUUACAAUGAUGGCCCCUUUAAAUAUUUUUAUAUGAUCACUUUGAGAUGUCAGAGUUUGUCCAUUUUAUCAAAAAAAACAUGACCAUGUGGUCUAAAGUAGUUUAGUGUAGAGGCCUAACAUCUGCACAAUCACGGGUGAGCUUUUUUGUUUCUUUCAAAAGCCCAUCCAGGAAACAUACAAAUUUGAAAACAAAGGGGAUCAUGAUUUAGGUAGAAUCAUGAAAUGUUCACCCCUGAUAUCUGAAAUCAACACAGGAUGCUACUCAAUAGUUAUAGAGUUAAUGUUUGCUAAAGGAAAUCUUUUUAGUAGGGGAAUUAUACAGAACAAAGAGGCAUACACAGCACAGUUGAUGGCCAGAUCAGAUAGAGGCAUAGUCUAAAAUAAUGUCAUGAUUGUUGCGUCCAGACUAACUUAAUGUCAUAUGAAUCAAAAGCUAUAGAUAUUAUACCUAGACACAUCUUCUCUUCUCUUUUUACCCUGUCUGGGGCAUAGGCCGUCCACAAGAAUUUUCCAUUCAUCACAGUCCUGUGCUUUCCUUUCCAGUUUUCUAGCUCGCGUCUCCAUGUAUUAUUUGACCUUCCUCUUUUUCUUUUUCCCUGUGGAUUCCAUGUUAGAGACUGCCUGGUAAAUCUUUUAUAGUAGAUCUUUGUUAGUGAUUGUAUUUGGCCAUUUGAUGUUCAGGAUCUUUCUAAGGCAUGUGUUUAUGAAGGUCUGUACUUUCUGCGUAAUGCUCGCUGUUGUUUUACUAGUUUCUGCUCCACAUAGUGGAGCUGUUUUGACAUUAGUGUUAAAGAUUCUGACUUUGGUUUGCAGCUUUAGCUCCUUCGACUCCCAUAUUUUCUUUAAUAGCACAAAUGCUGAUCUAGCUUUUCCAAUUCCAGCCCUUACAUUUAUGUCGAUGGUGCUGCCUAAGUAUGUGAAGGACUCCACUUCUUCCAGUUCCUUUCCUGCCGGAGAGAUAUGCUCUUGGUUGGCUGAGUUUACCUUCAUGAUCUUCGUCUUUCUUUUAUUAAUAUUGAGUCCAAGCUGUGCUGAAAUGGUGGCUACGUCUUUCGUCUUUUCCUGCAUUUGUUGCUGGUUGUUGGACAUAGGUGCAAUGUCAUCUGCAAAGUCUAGGUCGUUUAUUUAAUCCCAGAGUGUUCACUAUAUCCCGUUCCUCUUUUUGUCUUUGGAUUUUUUCAUUAUCCAAUAAUGGCGAGGAAAAAUAGGAAGGGGGACAAGAGACAUCCUUGUCUCACUCCAGUUUCCAUUUUAAAGUCAACUGUGAGUCUACCUUCGUGGACUACCCUGUAUGUCAUUUCUUCAUAAGAACUCUGAAUGAUCCCAAGUACUUUUCCUGGUAUACCAUAGUACCGAAGAAGUCUCCACAAGGUUCGUCGGCCCAGGCUAUCAAAAGCCUUUUCGUAGUCUAUAAAAUUUAUAUAAGAGGAGUUCCAUUCGAUGGACUGUUCUACAAGGAUUCUUAAUGUUGCAAUUUGAUCUGUGCUUGAUCUGUUUCUGCGGAAGCCAGCCUGCUAUUUUCUAUGUGUAUGUACUUAGACACAUACAAAUAGAAAUUACCAAGAAACUCACCGAAAUAUUAUGUGCCAUACGCAUGGGCGCCUGCAGAAAACUUUCUAGGAGGGCGGGCAUAAAAAAUCAAUUAACUUUCUAGGGGGGGUGCAAAAAAAUUUUUUUAAUGUUUUAAUGUAGUUUUAAUUUACUGUAGCGUAUUUGUAUGGUGAACGAACGGACAGGACACAGUAAAACGAGAUCAGCAUCAGCUUAGUUACUUUCUCUUUAUUUUCUCUUUAUUUUAAUAAAUAUUUUGUCUAUUUUAGUCUAACAAUUUUUUUAUCCAAUCAAUCCAGGGGGUGCAAGUGCCCCCCCUGCGGGUGCCCAUUGCCAUACGUGAAGAGCUUAAACAAAAAAGGACUAAAUUUUAUAAUUUUAAUAUCUCUAAUUAAGUGUCAACUAACACCUUUUUUUAAGAAAAAAUUCUCUCAUUUUCCUGAAACUAAAUUGAAUUCAAACAUAAUAUUAUUCAACACUUAAAAUAUAAUUGUAUAUGUUAAAAAUAAAUACAAUUCAUACUUUUGUUUAUAACUUCACAAGCUUCAUUUAUGAUAAAUAAUUCCAUUUUAUUAUUUAUUCUUAUAUUAUGUUAUCAGGCCGCGGAGUGACCAUUACUUAAACAAUAUAAGCAUGUGCUUUAGGCAUCAGAAGAAAGUGUGUACCACAAAAUAAGACAUAGUCUACAAAAAUCUAGACCUAAUUUGAAAAAUUCCAUAAAUAGAUACGUUUAAUACCCAUAUUAUAUUCUAAAAAUGAAAUGUGUUUUCAGGAUAGUGAAAAGCUGAUUAAUGCUUACCCAGUGAACAUAAAUUCCAUAGGAUCUACUUUGCAGCUUUCCUAUUAAGUCUAGAAUGCUGCAAAGCUCAUUUCCGGUAUGGCGUAAUUCAUCCCUGGAAUUUGAAUCUAUAAACUUUUCUAGGGAAAGGCUUGCUGUGCCUCCUCCCCAGAUCACUCUCCCCCAGCCCCUUGUGCUUGUGAAACUUCGUAUUUUUGCUUGUGAAACUUCGGUGACUUCUAUUUCAGCUUUCCCGUCCGCACUUCUGAUCAAAGUAUUGUCAUUUUUUUUCGUUAUAAAAGCCCUCCUGCUACUACUUCUAUUUAUAAAGUAGGGUCUUUUACUUUUGAAAAAAAAUUCAAUGUAAGUUAAUGAAUAUAAACAUAAUGACACUAUAAGAUAUAACUCUUUCUUAAGUUUAAGUUAAGUUUAAAAAUUCAAGUAAUAUUUUACCAUUUACUUUCUUGAUAUUUUGAAUAUUGAGUUACAUAUAAUGUGGGGGCACCAAAUCAUUCAAGUGCUUAGGGAAUCUAGAGGUCUUAAUCUGUCUCUGUAUGUGAUAUAGGCCUAUUUAUUAUAAGAGUAGGAGUCUUAAUUAAAUUAUCCCUAAAAACAAAGUUUUUCAUAUAAAUCCUUUAUAAAAUGCAAUGGGGGAGGGUGUUAAAAAUAUGACAAAACAUGCAUACAAGUAACGCACUUAAAGAAUCCUACUUAGAACCGCCCCCCCCCCCUCCCUACUUGCAACUGCACAUUUUUUCACACCUAAGAUCUAUAUUAAUAUUCUAAUUUCUAACCGUAAAAAGCAAUGGGGGAAGGUGUUAAAAAUAUGACAAAACAUGCCUACCAGUAACGCACUUAAAGAAUCCUCCUUAGAACCGCCCCCCCCCCCUCCCUACUUGCAACUGCACAUUUUUUCACACCUAAGAUCUAUAUUAAUAUUCUAAUUUCUAACCGUUUUCCCAAAGUAGAUUUAUUUAACCAACAAUUUUUACAAAAUAUUAUGCUCUUGCGUUAUUUUUUUUCUUUACACAGAAUCUAAUUUAGAGCAGUUAUCAGGAAUUUCAUUUUAUCUUCCCCUAGAAAAACAGGGAAAACUGAUUUUUGGGCGCUGAAAAUUUGAUAGAAUUUCUUGUCAUCGGCAAUGAGUCUACGUGCCAAGUUUCAACAUGAUAGGUUAAAGAAGGGUGGGUCAAUUAGCCGUCCAAAGAUUUGCGAGGCUUUAAAAAAAGUGAACUUAAAAUAACGGACUCAACUUUCCGAAUGGCGCGUCUGAUCAGCUUGAUAUAAGUUUUUGUUUUACACACAGUAAUGAGAGAUGAUAGCAAGCUCUGCACAUUACUUUUUUCAACUUUGACAAUUGUAUUAUUGUUUUGUCCUGGUAAGUUAAUUUUUCAUUUUAGUAUAUAUACUAAUGCAAUAAUAUCUUAUUAAUUAAAUAAUUUUUGUGUGUUUUUGAAUAGUGAAUAUCAAUUUGGUACAUUGCGACCAAACAAGAUAUUUAUACGGAUCCUUAUUUAUUUCAGGUUACUUCAGCUGUCAUACAUUGUGGGGGGUAGGAACAUUUUUGAUCUUAAGAAUCUCAAUGGUCAAGAAUAUAGAGGAAAUUUUAUUACAUAUUUUUGGAGAUGAAGAAGUAGACAGAGGUUUUGAAAAUGGGGUUGACACAGGAAGAAAAGAUGUGGGGGAAAUUCUUCAUAAAGAUUCAAAGUCAAAUGAUAAUGGUGAUGAUAUAGAUUAAUGUAGAAGAUACAAUUGAAAAUGAUAUUUUUUAUGGGAAAAUACAGAGAAACAAAAUGGAAUAAGAAUCAACCUUCAAAUAGACUGCGUUUGAAAUGUAGCAAAAAUCAUUCAAAAACUUCCAUGAAUUAUAGGCCCUGCAAAAAUAGCAUGAACCCAUCUUGAGAGCUUGAGUGGCCCUUAGAGGGAUGUACUAUACAAAGCAAUAUAUUGAAAGCAUCCAAUCACAAAAUUUCAUCAAAAAGGAAAUGUGAGUCCAAUUGUACAUGUAGGGGAAUCUGGCAGAACACAGAGGUAGACAAAACAGGUGAUGGUCAUAUCAGAUAGAAACAUAGCCGAAAAUAAUGUUAUGAUUGUUGAUUCUGGACUAACUUAAUGUCAGAUGAAAAGUAUGUCGUUGGCCAAUGGUCAAAUUUUGUGCAUGAUAAAUAUGAGUGAAAUCAACGCUCAAAUUAUUCAUUGUGUAAGUGUUGUGUUUAAAGAAAUUAUCCCAUGAAUUAGUGCUGCCUCAAUUUACUCAAAGCUCUAGAAGUCAAUUUGUAAACGUCAUAUUUUAUGUUCAUGUAAAGUCUUUGCAUUUAUGAAUAUGUAAUAUUUAUUUUUUUUUUCAAAAUUACGUACACAUUAAUAAAUGACAAAUAAAAUAUUAUUUAUAUUGUUUGUUGAUUAAAUUAUUUAAAAAAUAAACUAUUUUACAAUAUUCAAAUAAUAUAAACUAAUUUAACCAAUCUUACUCAUUAGCAAUAUCAAUUUGAUACACCGCGCCCAGUCCUGUUGCGAAAAGAGCACGCUCGCUAGGAGGUUAAAAAGGGACAAAUAUUUAGAAUCAUACGAGUCCCAAAUGUAAUGGUCUCAUUGUAAGAUUUUAAAAGGGGCAAACAUUUAGUUUCAUACGAGUCCCUAAUGUAAUGGUCUCAUUGUAAGAUUUUAAAAAGAUGUAUGUUAUAAAAUAUUGAUUAAUAAGAAGAUAAAAGUUAAACUGCUUUUAUAAAUGUUAAUUUUUUUAAAAUUUUCUGUUAUACAUUUUAACACACACAAAAUAUCAAUAAGACUAUUCAGGAAACUUCUUAAAUUUCUUAAGGUGCUGUUUGCAAAUCCAUUCUGAAAACAAACGGACGACCUUUUCAAGAUGAAUGUAGUUCAAAGAGUAAGUAUUUAUUUAUUUUAAAAAAAAACCAAAUGUAUGGGAAAACUAUAUGUUUAUUAUAAAGUUAAUUUAUAGAUUUUUACAUUUUUUCUUUUGUGCAUCUAACAAUCUACAAGUAUAAAUUAAUUUCUUUUAUAGCUCAGGAGAUUGUUCAAGAGGGUGUUACUGUUACAGCUGCUGGCAGACUUCCAUGCAAAAGUAUAAUCCACAUCAACAUGGACAUGUUCUUCCGUAGUUUAGACAAAGGCUUGUUUAAAGUAUUAGAGCUUGCUGAACAGAUCAAGGCAACUUCCAUUGCGAUUCCUGCCCUUGGAACAGGUUAAACCAUUUUAAAGCAGUGUUCUUCACAACAACCUAUAUUCACAAUUUAAACAUAUGCAAAUAAAGUGAAUAGUUCUGUUAUUAUUAUUUCUUCCUUAAUGAAUGCAGUGCCACAUCUUUUAUCUAGGUUUAUUUUAUAAGAAAUAAACAGGAAAUUAAAAUUCUAAAAUAAAUAUGCCAAUAAAAAUAUAAUAUAUUGAAAUAUUUCCAUCGUUCUGAAUAUAUCUUAAAUAUUUAUAUUUCUUUUAAAGCAAAAAAAAGAGCUGACAUUAACAAAAUUAAGACGAUGAUGCAUGAAGCCAUUGAAAAAUUCGGAUCCACACGCCGUACCUUAACAGACAUCAGAUUGGUCAUUUUCAAGCAAGAGAUGAUACCAGUCUUUAUUGGUGCAACUCCAAGAGACUUAAAAGGUUACUGAUCGGCACAGUCUUUUUAGAAAUUUAAAACUUCUAUAUUUUUUACUAAUUAUAUUAGGGAAAAUGACUGAUUAUUAGUUUUCAAGAUUUUUCGUCAAUCCCAAACAAUAAUGCUCUAGGUAAUAGUGUAUGUAGCCUUGACAGGGAUGUAAAGCUAUGUAGCACUGAUUGGGAUUCUUUUGAGGUGCAUUACUUGAAUUCAUGUUUUGUCAAGUAAAUUUAGCAGAUGGGAAAAUCAUGCAUUGCCAUCGCAUUUGUUUGACAAGUUAUUUCUAAUAAUUCCUGUGAAAUUAAAUUUUUCAAAUGCUGUUCCUGAAUGUAAAACUCCAAGCACAUAAAUCAUUAAAAGUACAUUUAGUGUUUGGUCAGCAAAGGCCCUGUCCCAAAACUUUUUUUUAUACAAAUGCAUCAUUGUAGAAUGUGAUAUUGAACUUAACUUAACACCAUGUUGAUCCAACAAACACUGGCCUAUUGUAAUACCCACCUAUCUACAGAUUCAGUUUAUUAUAUUAUAUUUCAAAAGAAGUUGCUUUAUUUUGGAACAAAAUCAUAUUUUUAAAUAAAUUUCUUUAUAAUAUAAGAUGGAUGGAGCUAAAACUGAAACUCAACUUAUCUUUAUUUUUUUAUGAACAUAUGUUAGUAUAUUGUGCUUGGAUAUUUGUGUUUUCUUCAAACAGUCAGACAAGUCAAUUCAGCAGGCAUUGUCGAUCCCUUGACCUUGACCGUCUUCCAUAAAAAGACUGAAAAUUGUCAAAAAUUAAUUCAAGGUUUCACAGAAAGCUGCAACAACAUUUUUGUUAACGAGUCCAAGGAAAUGCAAAACUUAAAGAAUCUAACUGAAAAGCAGGUAUUCAAAUAA